UAUUUUAUCAGUCGACACAAUUUGCUGAUUGUCAUAGGUUCAUUUUACGAUUUUCACAGUCAAAAAUUUAAUUUAUUUUUGUUACUACACGGGGACGGACACAUUGAACGUUUUUUUUAAGAUGGGUGGAAAGUUGUUACUAUUCGGUCUUUUGUUAUAUUUUGCGUAUUCGAUCAAUGCUGUGAAUAUAUUAGUUCUAGAGGAAGUGGCGUCACCAAGUCAUCAUAUCUGGUUUCGGUCACUUAACAAGGGCCUAGCAUCAAAGGGAUAUAAUGUGACAGCCUUAUCCCCUGACAAAGAUGAAUCAUCCACAAAUCUUCACUAUAUCCACAUGGACCAAGUCUACGAUUCUAUUUACAAUAACGAUCAAUUUGAAGAAGUCAAUUUCGUUGAUAUGGGAAGCCAAAGUGCGCUCGAGCAGAUAGCUGAAUUUUCGAAAUAUAGUAUACUAAUGUGUGAAGGACAAGUUGCGUCUAGUGGAUGGAAACAGUUAGAAAACUAUCCAAAAGACUUUAAGUUUGAUUUGAUUAUAUACGAUUACAUCAUGGGCGGAUGCCUCAUCGCGUUUGCGAAUAAAUUCAAAAAUGUUCCGAUAAUUGGUGCGACGGCUUUCAAUGACAAUUUUCGAUCGAAUUCUUUCGCUGGACACGCUGUUGUACCUGCGCUCAGUGCAUACUCAUUCGUCGAUAAUGAUCCGAAAACAUUCCUCGGACGAACGUUUAACUUUUUGCUGCACAUGGCUGAUAAAAUUAGUGUCAAUUGUUACAUUAUACCAAAAAUGACAGCAACUAUACGUGAAUCGUCUUCGUUCAAGGAUUCACCUACUAUGUUGGAAUUAGGAGCGAAAUCGUUAAUAUACUUUACAAAUUAUGAUCCAUCUGUGGACGGAAUUCAACAGCUUCCACCUAAUGUUAUCCCUGUAGGCGGACUUCAAAUCAAACCAGCAAAUAGACUGCCUGAGGAUCUUCAAUCAGUUGCUGAUGGUGCCACAAAUGGUCUCGUCUUGUUUUCCUUAGGAACAAAUGUGCAAGGUGAAAUGCUUGGAGUCGAAAGAAUUACUACGAUUUUGGAAGCGUUCCGGAAACUUCCGAAGUACACUUUUCUGUGGAAAAUUGAUAUAAAAGAAUCACCGAUACCAUUACCUUCGAAUGUAGUCCUACGCAAAUGGGUUCCACAGAACGACAUACUGGGACAUAAAAACACUAAAUUAUUCAUCACUCAUGCUGGCUUGUUGAGUACACAAGAAUCAAUUUAUCACGGUGUCCCAAUGCUUGGUGUUCCAAUAUUUGCCGAUCAAUUUGUUAACAUUCGCAGAUCUGUCGCCCAAGGAUAUGCUGAUGUUCUGUAUGUGAAAGACCUCUCAACAGAACUACUUUACACGAAACUAAACAAUUUGCUAACUCAACCGAAAUACCGAGAAAGUAUUAAGCUCGCUUCUGCCACUUUCCGUGAUCAGAAAGAAACGCCACUCGAACGUGCAUUAUGGUGGAUUGAUUGGGUUAUAAGGAAUCCAAAGAUAAAUCAUUUUCGGUCAGAACAUGAUUUGAAUUUCUUGCAAGUGGAGUCAUUCGAUGUGAUUGCUUUUGUUACGACUGUUCUAUUGGUUAUUGUUUUCGGUUGCGUAUGGCUUAUGAUGACAUUAUUGAGAUUCAUUUUUGGUAACAGGAAAUCCGGUAAAAAUAAGAUUGAUUGAGUUCUGUUUGCACGACCAUUUUAUGGAAAAAAAAAUGAAAAAAUAAGAAAGAAAUGUGGCUUUCGGUACAAUCGAAUAAGGACGUUGUACGCAUAAGUUUAUUGAUGUCAUCAAAAAAUGUUAGUAAACCAUUCCGUCAAAGAAAACAAGGAGUCGCACUAAGACAAUAUAGUCGCCCCUUGCACUGUUAUUAAGCGCCGUAAAAAUCAAUGUUGACUUCACUAUGCACUUAAAUAAAAUGAAAAAAA